UCGUGUUGUUGACGAUCGGAUGCUCUUGACCACUGUUCAACAUAUUGCUCGGCGUUUCUAUUCCAAAUGUUAUUGGUUGGAGAGCUGUUCAUAUGUACACUACUAUAGUUAUCGGGGACAACCUCCAAUGCGACAUAUUGCACACGUUUCUGAUUCGACUGUUGUCUUCAAAGAUAGGUCAGCCAACGUGAGUCAUUUGCAACAUAUGAUAGUUUCAGGAGAGUUGGACCAAGUGAGUUUGUAUUUACAUCAAGCAGUAAAGAAUAGACGUCAGCUCACUAUGGAAGAGCUGGAGCUUAUACUUUAUAGUUGUGCAAAAGUUGGUGACUGUUCUUUGGCAGAAUCCAUAUUUAGGCUUGUUGAACAAAAGUUUGGUGAACCUUCUCCACAGUGUUGUCGUUUAUUACUGGAAUGUUAUUCUUGGUCAGGAAACUUGGAACUCAUUUGGCAACGUUUGGAGAAACUAGUCAAAGAUAAUCGUCACCUUGAUGCAGAAACAUUUCAACUGAUGCAUCACUCUAUUCUAAUAUUUCAACGAGGAGACAAGGGAAAAUUAGAUCAACUACAUCAACUAGGUACUUGUAGUUAUCCCGAACAAUAUGAACGUUUUAUGUCCUUUCCAAGUCACUCUAUUUCAACUCUCCUCAUUCAACAUAGCUUUCAUGAAGAUACCAAACAAUUGAGACGAGUAUUCCAUCGAUAUGUGGGUCGCCAUGCUUUGGACUUGUGGACUUUGAGAAUCGCAACUAUUGCAUUUCUUCGUUGUGGUUAUUCUUUGGCUUUGGAAAUAACUCAAUUCAUUCAUGAUCGCUUCCAAAGUGACUUUGAGUCAAAGGAUAUCUCCUCAUCUACUAAGCUGUUAACGAUUCAUGAUCAUCAUUUCUUAUGGAACGAUAUUGUGAGUCGCAUUUGUAUCAGAGCUUCAUUACCACCACGUUUGAAGCCAUUGGCAAUGUUAUCGAUGCAAAUUGUAGAACGUUUGAUGGAGUCCUCUUUGGUUCUGGAGGAAACUACCCAACUACGGUACCUAAGUUUAAAAAGGUUUCACUCUUCUUUUUUGCUUGAUUGGCAGGAUGAUUGGCAACGAUAUUUACUGCAACAGUCCAUUCCAGGUACAGCUUCUAAACAAAGUUAUCAUGGAAUGUUGAGAGCUUUAAUGAUUCCAAGUAAACCGAGUGCUUACUUAUUAGGAGAAAGUGAAUAUUUAUGGAAAGAAAUGGAGAAUUGUGGAUGGUUACCUGAUUUGGACUCUUAUUUUCUUCUAAUAUCGCAUUUUGCAUUGAAUAGAGAACUCAAUCAUGCUUUGCAAUGUUACAAAUAUAUGUGUGAUACCGGUUUCUAUCCCACUACUUAUAUUCUUUACCAACUGUUGGAAGCUUGUACGAAAUCAAAAAGAAUAAGCAAUCGUCUUACUUUUUUCCGAGACCAUGAAAACAUUUUUAUACGCAAAGAUAUUGCUCCGUGGUAUUUGAGAUCGAUUUUACAGCAACAGCAACAAAAUCUUCAUACUCAUUCAGAAUCCAGUGAUACUCUUUGGUCUCGUCAUCGUUAUGGUAUCUCUGCGUUGUUGGAACAAAAUGCAGAUAUUGCACUCAAACUAGCUACCGAAUGGUCUCGUUGGCAAUUGCCGGUGAAAACAGUUGCAUUUGUGAAAUUGGCACAAAUAUUAGCAGAUGCAGGACGACAGGAAUGUAUAGAUGUAUUAUCUCAGAUGGAAAGCCAUGGAAUGGAAUUGAGAGAAUAUUUUCUAGCAAGUUUGUUGAAAAGAUUUUUGUAUAAUGAAAUAUCCUCAAGCACAUCAUCCAUGGAUGGUGGACUCGUUGUUGCUUUAUUAUUCGGAUGACUCUCAAUUUCAUCAAAUCUUGCCUCUCAUUGUUCAUUCCGUAAAAGAUAAUCAC